AUGGCUGACGGCCAACGCUUGUUCUAUCAAACCGAGACCGGUUUUUGGACCUCUGUCCCAGCUCCUGCUGCGCCUCCUAAUUUGAACGGUGUCUCUGUUACUGUUCAAUACCAUCAAGCUCCUCCGGCGCCUCCUGCUGCGCCAAUGAUCUGGACUUAUGCCCGGCAUCUUGUGCCCCCUCCUCCCCCUCCGGCUCCAGCCCCGCCAGCCCCGCCAGCCCCGGCUCCUGCCCCAGCGCCGGCUCCUGCGCCGGCUCCUGCCCAUAUCGUCUGGCAUAGUGCGUACGGGUUCGCUACUCCUCAACCGCCAGCUCCAGCUCCACCUCCAGCUGCUCCUCCAGCUCCUCCUGCCCCUCCGGCCCCUCCGGCCCCUCCGGCCUAUUUCAAUAACACCAACUACAAUAUCGUCUUCCGCUAG